AUGUCCACUUCUCCCCAUCACAAUCCUGCUGUGAGUCCUCCCCCCUCGCCUCGACGGCCUGGGGGUGUUCGAGGAACUUCACAUCAUGCUCCAACAACACCCAGCCGACUUAGAAGGGCUAUUGCAGCUGGGGUAGAUCCCUCCUCGCCGCAGCAAGAUGAAGAUAAAUUGACGCCGCUUUCGUCGCCUCUGUUGGGUAGCGUGAACAUCUCCGCUGAACCUGAACCAAUUGCAAGUCCAAGCGAGCAAGGAAUAAGAGGUGGACUGAUAGAGCCCUCGCAACGAGAAGCAGAUGCUCGCACUCGCCUUCUCGAGGAUUACCACAAAGGUUCGGUAUGCGGCACGAAGGAUUGCAAUCACGGGACUUUCUCGCCCCACGCACGUCCACUGGAUAGCCCGUCCAGCAACGUCAGCAUCAUGAAAGGCUUUGGCGGUCGGCAUGAAGACGAUAUUGAUGACGAUGAUGGCGAGACCAGAGACAGGACACGAGGACUGACAGGAGAUACUUUUGCAGCAGGCCUGUUUGGUGGCUCAAGAAGAGAUACUUCCAUGAGUACCACGAAAUGGUUAGCGACCAAGCACGGAGUCAAAAACCAGCGUGCAAUGUAUAUCUCUUACUAUUUUCCAUUCGUCAAUUGGGUGCGGCAGUACCAAUGGAAGUGGUUCCGGGGUGAUCUUGUGGCGGCUUUGACGAUGGCGUCUUUUUAUAUACCAAUGUCUCUCUCUUAUGCUUCCAAUCUGGGGCACAUUCCUCCGAUCAACGGACUCUAUUCCUUUGUCUUCAAUCCGCUCGUGUAUGCCAUGUUGGGCACCAGCCCGCAGAUGGUUGUCGGUCCAGAAGCUGCCGGCUCACUUCUGGUGGGCACCGUUGUGAAGGAGAGUGUUGACCGGAACAACACGGAUGAGAAUGAUGCCGUUCUAAAUGCGCAGGUUGCAGGUGUUGUUACUGGCAUGGCUGGAGCUGUGAUCCUUAUUGCGGGUCUGACGAGACUUGGCUUCCUCGACAGCGUUCUCAGCCGACCAUUUCUCCGUGGAUUCAUCAGCGCCAUUGGUUUUGUGAUUUUGGUAGACCAACUCAUCCCAGAACUAGGCUUGGCCAAGGCAGCACAAGUUGGCGUGGCUCAUGGUAGCUGUGUCAACAAGCUCGUGUUUGUGGUGACGAAUAUGGGCUCUGUUCACCGCUUGACUUUCGCUGUUGCUGCGAUCAGUUUUCUAAUCAUAAUGAUGUUCCGAGCAAUGAAAAGACGUAUGCAGCCACGAUACCCGGCUGUGGCGUAUGUGCCCGAUCGAUUCUUGGUCGUAGCGCUGUCUGCGGUUCUUACAUGGAGACUAGAGUUGGAUCAGAAGGGCCUCGAAAUUCUCGGCCAUGUCAAAUCAACAGGCAACAAUCCCUUCCCUUUCCAUUGGCCCUUCUCCUUCGCACAUAUGAAGCAUAUUCGAACCGCCAUGAGCACGUCCUUCUUGAUUGCCUUAUUAGGCUUCUUCGAGUCCUCAGUCGCAGCCAAAAGUCUAGGGGAGGGCACGCAUGGGCUUCAGGGCGUCUCUCUCAGUCCCAACCGGGAGCUUGUGGCGCUAGGUGUUGCAAACCUGAUCGGAGGCUGUUUCAUGGCUCUGCCAGCGUUUGGCGGAUACGGCCGGAGCAAGGUCAAUGCCGCUACCGGUGGUACAACGCCAAUGAGCAGCAUUUUUCUAAGCUUGAUUACGUUGUUCUGUGUACUCUUCCUCCUACCCUACUUCUACUACUUACCUAAAGCAGUUCUAUCAGCCAUGAUAUCCGUGGUCGCUUAUUCUCUGAUCGAAGAAUGUCCUCAUGACAUCAAAUUCUUCUGGAAAAUAAAGGGCUGGACCGAGCUGUCACUGAUGUUUAUCAUCUUUCUUGCAACAAUAUUUUAUUCCAUAUCGCUUGGAAUUGCCUUAGGUAUAGGACUUUCAAUAUUGGCCUUAAUUCGCCACUCCACCAAGCCGCGGAUCCAAAUUCUAGGCAAGGUUCCUGGAUCCUCAGACAAGUUCGAAAACGUGGAAGACGAUCCUGAGAGGAUUGAAUUCAUUGAAGGUUGUUUGAUUUGCAAAAUACCCGAACCAUUGACAUUUGCCAAUACCGGCGAGUUGAAAACCAGGCUACGACGACUGGAAUAUUACGGCACUAAUGCCGCACAUCCAGCCUUGCCUCGCGUUCGAGCAGAAGAACACAACCAAAACAUUAUAUUUGAUGUGCAUGGCGUGACGAGUAUCGAUGGAUCUGGCACACAAGUGCUCACGGAGAUAGUGGAAGCCUAUGUAAAAAGAGGCGUUAGAGUCUUCUUCUGUCGCUUGCCGACUCGGCGUAGCAAAGUAUACAAGGAUUUUGAGAUGAGUGGAAUCGUUGAUCUUGUAGGUGGAAAAGGUCAUUUCGUGGACAGUGUUGAGCGAGCACUUCAACUCUCCGAGUUGGAAAGCUUGACGGAGUACUUUGACAAUCGUAUGGACGGACUUUGA